AUGAGCUCGCUGUGGGGAACGACGAAAAACACCGACGAGCAGACUACGCAGACCAGCAACGCCGGCACUCAGGUUCAAACCAGCAACAGCCACUCCCAAGUGUCUGGAGAUUCAAUGCGUGAGCCGACUGAAAGAGACAGGCUGCUGCCGGCGGACCGCCGCCGUGCACCGCACGCCGACGGCUACCUCGAUCCCGAUGACCCAGCGGUCUCUCCAUACAACCUGUGGACUGUCCGCUUCCUGCGCUACCUAUCCAUCCUCUUCCUCGCCAUCACUUUCCUCUGGUGGGUGUUGCUGCUUGUGAGCAUCUUCGUCUCGCCGCCAGGUCUGCACACGCGGGGCUCGGGCUUCUUCGACUUUGCCUACACAUGUCUCACCAUUGGCUCCUUGCUCAACUCGCUGCUGUUCUUCUCCGGACCCAGCUUGGCGAUGAGAGUCAGCCAGGGUGUGCUUGCCGUCAUUCUCCUGGUUGACGUUAUUAUCAUCGUCUCGGUCCCCAGACUACGCGCCGAGGAGAGCGCUCCCGGAGUUGCUAGUGUUGUCUGGGCUACUCUCAUCGCUGCCUUCUGUGUCUUCACCGACCGAAUCGUGGCUUGGGGAAAGCGUGAGGAGGAGGAACGUCUUACCGGACGUCYAGAGACUCGUCGCACGCUCAAGGAAUGGCUUGCCGUCCUCGCAUCGACCAUCAUUCUGGUCGUUUACAUCCUCAUCACCGUCCUCAUGACGGCGACUUUGAUCCUGCGUAGCCUUGACGCUGGCCUUGCCCUGGACGGUGACCGCUACCCCGUUGACAGCGGCAAGUAUGAGGUCCAUUUUGCGUGCUAUGGUAACACCACCACGGACAAGAAAGGCAGACGUACUCCUACCGUUCUUCUUGAAGCAGGCGAGGAUCCUGUGGAAUACAGCUUCGAGCACUGGGCGUACUCUGCUGUGAAGAACGGUACCAUUGACCGCUACUGCUACUGGGAUCGUCCUGGUUACGCUUGGUCCGACAAUGCUCCAUCGCCUCACAGCGCUGGUAUGUCUGCUGAGAACCUCGCCGAAGUUCUUGCCAUUACUGGCGAGCAGGGACCAUGGAUUCUCGUCUCUGCCGGCUAUGGCAGUCUCGUGUCUCGCAUUUUCAGCGCUAGGAACUUCCGCGAAGUCGCCGGUAUCAUGAUGAUUGACCCACUGCACGAGGACCUCCUCCAUCGCAUGGGAUCACCAUUCAAUGGCUUUAUGCYCUGGGCAUGGGGAACUAUCAGUCCCCUUGGAAUCAGACGCAUAAUUGGCUCGCUCUUCAUGGGCCAGACCAAGGAAGAUCGUGUAUUUGGACGCGACAACAGGCAGGGUGGAAAGAUGAUCAAGGCCAUGCUACAGGAGAACCUCGUUGCCAAUUCCUUCACCAAGAAUGAAGUUGCCACUGCGCGCACCAUUCAAGCUGCAGACACCCCACUCGUGGUUCUCUCCUCCGGUCUUCGUAUCAAGAGUGAUAACGAAUGGGCGGAGAAGCAGCGAGAUCUGACUAACAUUACUGGCAAGCUCAUCAGCUGGGAUGUGGUUCACAAGGCACCUCACGCUGUGUGGCAGACUCAGGAGGGUCGUGAUCUGAUGGRGAAGCGACUGGGUGAGAUUGUCAAGGAUCACCACAAUGCGAAGAAGGGUGGCAAGUGA